AUAAAAUCUUGGGAGAUGCCGCCAAGAACGAAACAUAACCACAACACAUCUAAAAGCAUCACUCAAUACCUCAACCUACCUCUUUGCACAUCAUGGCCACAACUAAGCCUAUAAUUGUUCUUGUCCACGGCGCCUGGCAGACAGCCGCCCAAUGGCAUCCCCUAGCACAAGGCCUAAUCAACAGCGGCUUCACCGUCUUGAAACCACAAGGUGCCUCGAGCGGCACUAACGCCGCCGCUAUCCGUGGCAAGACAUAUCAAGACGACGUGGCAGUCAUUCAUUCUAUCAUUGAGUCACACCUUUCAGCCGGCAAGGAAAUUGUCCUCGUCAGUCACAGCUAUGGCGGUAUCCCUGCCUCUGCAGCUGCAGAGGGCUACCAGGUUCACGAGCGCGCCGCACGUGGUUUACCUGGAGGCAUCAAACACGUUGUCUACCUUGCAGCGUUUGCGUUUCCUGCCAGGGAGUUGUCCCUCCUCAUGGCUCUCGGUGGAGACUACGCUCCUUUCAUGAACAACAAGGGAGAUGUCAUUGCCCUUGGCGAAGGUGCCAAGGACGCUCUAUACAACGACACUGAACCCGAGCUUGCUAAUCAGCUACUCGCCGCUGGUGUCCAACAGAGCACGGCCAGUUUUGAGACACCUCAGACUUUCUGCGCCGCGGAUGUUAGUGUCCCUAAGACGUAUGUUCUUGCCGAGGACGACCACGCUUUGCCUCCGGAUGCGCAGGAGGGUAUGGUCAAGGCUCUCAACAAUGUCAGUGUUGUGCGGGUCAAGGCUGGCCAUUGUGUGCACUUGAACCCCGAGGUUGUGCCGAAGCUCGUUGAAGCAAUCACAGCGGCGGCGCAGGCUUAAGGACAAAAGGCCACGCUGACAGGCCUCCUUAAGUAUGUAAGUCGAUAUCUUGCGGGAAAUCGCGGCCAUUGGAUAUAGGUGGAAAGGAUAUCAAAUUCUCUUGGAGGAAGUCGAUAGCCUUAUAUAUCUUUAUUUGUAAUCGUUCAAAGAACCUACUCUAAGUGGUUUUUAGGGGUUAGUGACUGAAACGAUAGGUAUUAUAAAAGAAAGACUGUAUUGUCACUCG